GCAAGCGGAUGUUGCGUCGUCUCUCCGUUGCUCUCGCUCAAGGAGGCCGCGGGGGCGGGCCAACUAGUUUUCGGAUUCCAGCGUCGUUUGGAGUUGUCCUGUCGUGUCUUCCGGUAAACAACAAGCUAGCGAGCUGAAAAGGUGAGCAGAGACGCUCCCACCCCCAAUUUUGUCUUGCUCGUUUUCUUCGUCGUCUUCAUCCUGCCUGUCUCCCUUGACCUUCUUUUGUUGGCUGUGAGCUCAAUUCGGAGCACGUCGGCCUAAUUUUAGCUCACCCGGAGAUCACCCCCGGAACAAAUUUCUUGAGGGGCAGAAUCGGUUGCUUGCUAGGCUGGGUUCUCCCGCCCAGUCUGUUCGGUUCCACGCCAUGGCGGUAUAGCCGGCCACUUGCAGGUACCGGAGCUCGCGUUCCCUGACGCGCUUUCUGGUUUUCUGCAAAAAAUUUAUCCCUCCAAGAACAGAUUCUUCGCCACUACCUUGUGGUCUCGUUAGAGUCCCAAAUUAUUUGAAUUUGGCACGGCUCCGGGCUCCUCUCGUGGCGCAAAUGGACGCCUUUUUGUGACCGACGACAAGCAGCAGCGGCGUUGGUGGGCCGAGCGCCGGGGACGCCAAGGACUUGCCCCAACUUUUCCUCAGAGUGGGCGCGGCCGUCACGCUCUCCGUAGCCGGUCUGCUCUUCUCGCGGCGCCAGCGGCCGCCCCGGCAGCUCCUGCCGCCGCCGCCGCGUCCUCCCUCGGGUACCAGCCAUGAGCAGAUAGUCGGAUGAUGCUUGCAGCAUGAAGGCCAGAACAGGGCUCAAGGAGCUUAGGAUCCUAAAAAAUGAGGAUACCAAGGCAAAAAUUAUCAGUGGGAACUCUGUGCACACGACCACUACCACUACGACAAUUACCACCACCGCAUUAGUACCAUUGGCCCCUAAAUGCAGAAGCCUUGCUGAUGAUGAAGGCUAUCUCCUUCCGGAGUUCAAUGACAUGGUUCUCAGAGAAUUUGGCCAAGAUAUAGAUAGCAUUCCAUCCACACCUGCAGCGAGAGUAAGGGAAGAUGUAUCGAAUGACCAUGAAGUCCACAAACUUAGAGAUUUGGUGAGAUCACUGCAAGAAAGGGAGAAGACUCUGGAGCUACAGCUUCUGGAGUGUUACGGUUUGCAGGAGCAAGAUGCUGCGGUGAGGGAGCUUGAGAAUCAGCUGAAGAUUAACAACGUUGAAUCAAAGUUGUACUUGCUGAAGAUUGAAUCUUUACAGACUGAAAACCAGAGGCUGCAAACACAGCUCUCAGAGAACUCAAAAAUAUUCUCUGAGCUUGAGGCGACAAGAACAAAAUGCAAGUUUCUGAAGAAGAAGUUUAUAUCGGAUGCAGAACAGGCAAAGGAGCAAAUCAUUUCUCUUCAGAAAAUGGUCGACUCAUUGCAGAACAAACAGACUGAUGAGGAGAAAAAAUUUAUUGAGUUUGAAAAUAAACUGAAGAGACUAGAGGAGCUGGAAAAAGAGGCAACAGAGCUAAGAGCGGCAAAUUCAAGGCUGCAGCAGGAGAAUGCACAUCUUAUUAGGCGACUGGAGGUUACACGCCUACCCCCUGUACCCAAGCCCAAAACUAGUAUGGAGGUAAAAGCAUUGGAGGAGGCUGAUCGGUUGAAGCAAGAAACUGAUAGGUUGGCUAAAGAGGUUGAACAACUUCAGAGUGGCAGGUUUGCAGAUGUCGAAGAAUUGGUAUAUCUGAAAUGGAUAAAUGCCUGCCUACGGUAUGAGCUGAGAAACAAGGAUGCCCCAUCAGGGAAGACUGUUGCACGAGAUCUUAGCAAGACCCUGAGCCCCAAGUCUGAAUUGAAGGCCAAACAGCUGAUAAUGGAAUAUGCCAAUGUGGGUGCGGAGGACAGUCACUUGGGGCAUGUCGAAUUCGGUUCAGAGUGCUCUUCCUCACGGGCUUCGUCAGGUGAACCGGAUGAUGUGUCAAUUGAUAUUGCUUCCAUGACAAAGCAUACUAAUAAAAACCCCAAAAAGAAGAAGUUCUUCUCUAAGCUUCGGAAACUGGUGCUGGGAAAAGGGAAAGAGAACCGUGAAAUUUCUACUCUGGAGAGGAGAGUGUCUAUUUCAAGUUGUUCCUUCGAUGACUUCACUGGAAGGGAUUCACAUGAUAGCUAUUCUUCGUUCAUGGCAGAACCAAACAUGCCUGAUAGUCGACGGCAUGGUGAUCAUGGCUUUGGUACACAUUCUUCUUUGGACAGCGCAAAAUCUAGUCCUCUUGGCACAGAAAUUGUAGGUGAAAGAAGUGACCAUUCUGUGGUGAAGAGUGUAUCUUCUAGAGAGGAAAAGGUAAAUGCAUUCGGUCCCAGCAUUGGCCUUGAUAGUAGCAAGGCCAUACCUGAGGAUGUUGAGAUCCAUAAAUUUGCUGAUGCGCUGAUCACAUCAAGGUCAGGUUCCAUGUCAUCAAGAAGAUCGGCAUCCUUCCGACACUGAUAUAGGAGUCAUCUGCUACUGACCCCUCUGCCUGGAUGUAUAUUUCUGCCAGUUCUUGAUGGGGGGAGUUAUAGGAGAUGUUACUGGAAUAUAAGUUGUCAAUACUUUAUUUUUUUGUACCAUUGCGUAUAGGGUGUAGUUUACUUACCUUUAAUACCAACUCCUACUACCUGGGCUCGUCAUGUGUACCAUAAAAUGGCACAUUUCAAUGGCAAACACAAGACAAUUGUAACACCCUAAAUCCAUCAAUUAAGGUAACCUAGAUUAUAUUA